GUUCAAAACCCCUGCCGGUUCGUGCAUGACGUUUCUUCCGGUGGGCGCAUGCGCAAAGAGGAACAUGUCCAGGUUUUCUUCCGGUGUUAGAGCAACAAGCAAAGUAUGAUUUCCUUAACGACUUAUAAAUGAUGUUUGUUCUUAAGCCUGGGUUCGGGCGACACAUUUUUAGCUUACGUUUAAAUUUUAGUGCACGAGGGUAAAUAUUUGCAAACCGGAAGAGGACUGAGCGUGGUGGUGGUUGAGAGCGACGCUUGCAGCUGGAUGCCGGUGUUAACGUACGGUGUCUGUUCUUGGACCUUAUGGACGAAGCUGCGCCCCGGAGGGUCCGCGGGUCUCCGUCCUGUCUGUGCGUCCUCUGUGGGUUGCCUGCCGCCGGGAAGUCAACGCUGACCCGCAGGAUUGUGGGUACCGCGGCGGAGCGCGGCUGGAGAGCAGCAGUGGUGUCCUACGACGAGCUGAUCCCAGAGAAGGCUUAUUACACCGAAGUGGAGGAGGAUGGUCUCGAUCUGACUGACAUGCACACUAAUUGGAAGUCCUACAGRCAAGCCGUGUUGCAGUGCAUAGAGCAGGUCYUGGAGCAGCCUGAAGUGGUGGUAGAGUUGCCAAGCAACCCUCUCAUCAAUGGAGCUGCAUGGCAACCGUGUGUUCAAGCUCUUCUGCAGCCUAAAGAGUUCCACACUGAUGGGAUGCCACUGCUCUUUCUUUUAGAUGACAACUUCUACUACCCAAGCAUGAGAUAUGAAGUGUACCAACUUGCAAGAAAGCUGUCGCUGGGUUUCUGCCAGGUGUAUCUGCAAUGUGAUUUAGAGACCUCCAUCAGGAGGAACCAAAGCAGACCUAAGCCCGUUCCCGUCAAAGUGAUCAUGGAGAUGGAGAAGCGUUUGGAAUUUCCAAAUCCACAAAAGAACCCAUGGGAAUCCCAAAGCAUCUCGCUCAACUCGACAAACGACGUGUCCAACUCCGACGUCCAGAGAGUWAUGGAGUUGGUCUCUGUGACAUUAAACAAUCCACUGAGCCCAGCUGAGGACAACAGCGAACAAAAGGAAGCUGAUCGUCUCAAGUGUGCCACGAGCGCGGUCCACCAGGCUGAUCAGGCCUGUCGACGUCUGAUAUCGGAGGCUAUGAAGGCUGCCAGAGAAAAUGAAGUCUCUUCUGAACACAUGCGGGUUCUGGCUGCUCGGCUGAACGAAUGCAAAGCGACUUUCCUUCACGACUUGCGGAAACGGUUCCUGCAGGAGGUGUGUUUCCUUCAAGAGGAGGACAUCAGUGUGGAGCAGGUGGUGAACAAUAUUUUUGAUGACAAAAAGAACGAAAUCCUGUCACAGUUUAUAGGCARCCACAAAACAAUGUGAUUUUUCUUUUUCAAGAUAAGGUCAAAGAAGCUAUUAGAAUGAAUGGUUGAUGUUUGUAUAUAUUUAAAUUCAAAUAAAAUKKAUUUUUGCUGACUAUUUGCCCUUA